UGGUGGGUGACGUCGCGCAGUUGCAACCCCUCUGGCAGCCGGACUCGAAGAAGCGUGCGGCUGUCGUUGUUGUUGUUGUUAUUAUUGUUGUCUGUUAUGUUCGGAUACGGGAGCUCGUUUCGGAUAAACGGAGGACUUUAAUUGCCAAAGCCAUGGCCGGCGUGUUUGACUUCGAUCUGGGGAAUGAAGAACUAAGCGAGCCGGAAGAAGCGCCCGGUACCGAGGAUGAAGAAUUUCCGUUUACCGGGAUUGAACCAGACCUGUCUGGAGACUGUGAGGAGAUCGAAAUUUCCUCUGACAUUGUGAACAGAGGCACGGAGAGGAUCGGACCCGAGUGCUUCGAGCUGCUCCGCGUCCUGGGCAAGGGGGGGUACGGCAAAGUUUUCCAAGUGAGAAAAGUUCAGGGUGCAAAUAGUGGCAAAAUCUUUGCAAUGAAAGUUCUACGAAAGGCGAAGAUCGUUUGCAACGCUAAGGACACGGCUCACACCAAGGCAGAGCGGAACAUCCUGGAGGCCGUGAAGCACCCCUUCAUCGUGGAUCUGAAGUACGCUUUCCAGACAGGAGGGAAACUCUACCUGAUCCUGGAGUGCCUGAUCGGUGGCGAGCUCUUCAUGCAGCUGGAACGAGAAGGGAUCUUCAUGGAAGACACAGCCAGUUUUUACCUGGCUGAGAUCACGCUGGCUCUGGGUCACCUCCAUUCAAACGGGAUCAUCUACAGAGAUCUGAAACCAGAGAACAUCAUGCUAGACCUACAAGGUCAUGUGAAGCUGACGGAUUUCGGGCUGUGCAAGGAGUCUAUUCACGAUGGCACCGUCACUCACACCUUCUGUGGAACCAUUGAAUACAUGGCUCCUGAGAUUCUGACCCGCAGUGGACACAAUCGUGGCGUGGACUGGUGGAGUCUGGGAGCGCUGAUGUACGACAUGCUGACGGGAUCGCCUCCCUUCACCGCGGAGAACAGGAAGAAGGUCAUCGACAAAAUCCUGAAGUGCAAACUGAACCUCCCUCCGUACCUCACCGCCGACGCCAGGGACCUGCUGAAGAAGCUCAUGAAGAAAAGUGCAUCUCAGAGGUUGGGAGCUGGACUUGCAGACUGUGCUGAUGUACAGAAACAUCCGUUCUUCAGACUCACAAACUGGGACGACCUGCUGGCCAGACAAGUGGAACCACCAUACAAACCCUGCCUGCAGUCGGAUGAAGACGUCAGCCAGUUUGACACUCGUUUCACGAGACAGACCCCUGUCGACAGCCCUGACGACUCUGCCCUGAGCCACAGCGCGGACCAGGCCUUCGAGGUGAGCGGCUUUGAGAAAGAGGCUCCAAACCAGGAGCUUCAAAUCCCAGCUCAGCCCCUGACUCACUGUGUGUGGUGA